CACACUGAGGAAAGAUGACUGUUUUUACUGUUUUUGGCGAAUGUUAAUGUACGGACGAACUGUAGCGCUAGCAGUUUUUAUCCUCAGGGAAACUAAUGAUAUCUUUUCUACGGAAUACAACUAUUGGGAAGGACGCCUUACUCAUCUUUUUUCUUCUUUUGGUUGAGGAAAACCCUACAGGGUUGUCGGGCCAGUGGGUCGACAGGAGUUGGAACAACGACGAUCUUCCCGGACUACUUUUCAUGAAAAGAAAGUACUGUUUGGACGGUUUUUCGAUGUUAGGACACAUCUAGGUUAACCUUUAGGUGUUAGUUUAGGGGUUAAUAAUGACCUCUGAUGUGCGAAAGAGCUAUUCUCAUGGACUGGUCAGAACAGUGUCAAAGGCUAAGCUAGGUUUUGAUCCUGACUGUUACUAAAGCUAAUGUUACUUUGAGUGCUGACACAACGGUUAUUUAUAUACUAACUUCAACGUUUAGCUUUGGGAUACAUGUUAUUCCUAACUCUUCAACUAAACCACACAAGGAAAGAGAUACUCCUUUUUCAAUUCCUUUGUCAACUUUCUAAGUGAAUGACACAGGAGUCAGCAUGGCAUUCUUUAAUUUCCGAAAAAUAUUUAAAUUGGGAGCUGAGAAGAAGAAGAAACAAUAUGAACACGUCCGCAGGGAUGAGAAUCCGGAGGAAAUAUGGGAUAUCAUUGGUGAAUUGGGAGAUGGAGCUUUUGGAAAAGUAUACAAGGCUCAGAACAAACAGACGGGCAUCCUAGCCGCCGCCAAAGUCAUCGACACAAAGACGGAGGAGGAGCUGGAGGACUACAUGGUGGAGAUCGAUAUCCUGGCCUCCUGCGACCACCAGAACAUCGUCAAACUGCUCGACGCUUUCUAUUUUGACAGCAAACUGUGGAUUCUCAUCGAGUUCUGUGCAGGAGGGGCUGUGGACGCUAUCAUGCUGGAACUGGAGAGACCCCUCACGGAGCCUCAGAUCAGGGUGGUGUGUAAGCAGACCCUGGAGGCCCUCGUCUAUCUCCACGACAACAAAAUCAUCCACAGAGACUUGAAGGCCGGCAACAUCCUCCUCACGCUGGACGGUGACGUGAAGCUGGCUGACUUCGGCGUGUCCGCCAAAAACACCAAAACGCUGCAGAGGAGAGACUCUUUCAUUGGAACGCCUUACUGGAUGGCUCCAGAAGUGGUCAUGUGCGAGACGUCAAAGGACCGCCCGUACGACUUCAAGGCGGACAUCUGGUCCCUCGGGGUCACAUUGAUCGAGCUGGCACAGAUCGAGCCUCCAAAUCACGAGAUGAACCCCAUGAGAGUCCUGCUGAAGAUAGCCAAGGCCGAUCCUCCGACGCUCAUGCAGCCGUCGCGCUGGUCUCCAGAAUUUAGCGACUUCCUAAAGCGAUGUCUGGACAAGAACGUGGACAACAGGUGGAAUCCGACACAACUCCUCCAGCAUCCGUUUGUGUCCUCUGUGAUGGACAACAGGCCGCUGAGGGAGAUCAUAGCCGAGGCGAAGGCCGAGGUCACAGAGGAGAUCGAAGAGCACAAAGAGGAAGAAGAGGAGGAAGACACAGAAGCACACAUGGGUCACAAACGCGCUCCAUCUGACGCCAGCGUUGCCAGCUCUGAGGAUGAGAAGAUCCCUCUCUCUCCCUCCAUACUGGAAUCAGUGCCUGAGAAGCUGGAGCCAGUUCCACCUGUGCCCGCACCCGCACCCACACCUGCACCCGCUGAGCUCCCUGUGGGGAACCACGUAUUGGACACCAGCUUUGUAGAAGAACCUCCCGCCGCUGCAGCAGAAGAGCAGACAAACACUCCAGUGGAGGAUGGACAGAAAGAAGAGAAACCAGUAGAGGAGAAGCUUCCAGAAGCAGGGGAUGACGUUGCCUCACCUGAACCACAGACUGAACCAGAGGCACCUGUUAAAGAAAUGGAACAGCUGGAGAUAGCUGCUGAUGACGAGAAGGAGGUGGACACGGCCGAGGAUCCGGCUGAUCCAGAAACCCCCGAAACUCCUCAGGAGGACAAGACGCCCGCUGUGGAGGAAUCUCAAACACCAGCAGAGGAGAAGGAGAAGGAGAAGGAGAAGGAGGAGGAGAAGGAGGAGGAGGACCCGUACAAACACCUAAAUGUGACUCUGACACUACCAACGAAGGAUGAAAAAGAGCAGAAUGGAGAGAAGCCCAAAGAAAAGGUGGAAGAAAAUGAAAAUGAGAAGAGCGUUCCAGACAAGGCUAAGGAUAAUAAAGAGAGAGACUCUGACUCUGGAAGAGGCUCGGCUGCAGAUAACAGCAGCGUAGACCUCAACCUGUCUAUCUCAAGCUUCCUGUCCAAAACUAAAGAGCCUGGAUCUGUUUCCGUACAGGACACCAGACGUCAGAAGAAGACGCUGAAAAAGACGCGUAAGUUCAUGGUGGACGGCGUGGAAGUUAGCGUGACGACAUCAAAGAUCAUCACCGACAACGACACCAAGAACGAGGAGAUGAGAUUCCUGAGGCGCCAGGAGCUGAGGGAGCUGCGUCUCCUGCAGAAGGAGGAGCAGAGGGCCCAGCAGCAGCUCAGCAACAAGCUGCAGCAGCAGAAAGAACAGAUCUACAGGCGCUUUGAGCAGGAAACCACGAGUAAGAAGCGUCAGUACGACCAGGAGGUGGAGAACCUGGAGCGGCAGCAGAAGCAGACCAUCGAGCGGCUGGAGCAGGAGCACACCAACCGGCUGCGGGACGAGGCCAAACGCAUCAAAGCUGAGCAGGACAAAGAGCUCUCCAAGUUCCAGAGCGUGUCCAAAAACCGCAAGAAGGAGGAACAAGAGUUUCUUCAGAAGCAGCAGCAGGAUCUGGACAGCGAUCUGAAGAAGAUCAUCCAGCAACACAAGCUGGAGCUCGCCACCAUCGAGAGAGACUGCCUCAACCACAAGCAGCAGCUUCUCAGAGCCCGGGAAGCCGCCAUGUGGGAGCUGGAAGAGCGCCACCUGCAGGAGAAGCACCAGCUGUUCAAACAGCAGCUCAAAGACCAGUACUUCAUGCAGAGACACCAGCUGCUGAAGAGACACGAGAAGGAGAUGGAGCAGAUGCAACGCUACAACCAGCGUCUGAUCGAGGAGAUGAAGAACAAGCAGACUCAGGAGAGGACCAGACUGCCCAAAAUCCAGCGCAGCGAAGCCAAGACCCGCAUGGCCAUGUUCAAGAAAAGCCUGCGCAUCACCGGAGCUGCCAUGACCCCCGAGCAGGAGAGAGAGAAAGUCAAACAGUUUGCAGCGCAGGAAGAUAAGAGACAGAAGAACGAGAGGCUGCACCAGCAACAGAAACACGAGAACCAGAUGAGAGACCUGCAGCUGCAGUGCGACGCCAACGUCAGAGAGCUCCAGCAGCUCCAGAACGAGAAGUGCCACCUGCUGAUUGAACAUGAGACCCAGAAGCUGAAGGAGCUGGAUGAGGAGCACAGUCUGGAGCUGAAGGAGUGGAGGGAGAAACUACGACCCAGGAAGAAGGCCCUGGAGGAAGAGUUUGCCAGGAAGCUGCAGGAACAGGAAGUGUUCUUUAAGAUGAGCGGAGAGUCGGAGUGCCUUAACCCCUCCACCCAGAGCCGCAUCUCCAAGUUCUACCCCAUACCCAGCGUCCACUCCACCGGUUUCUAGAAGAAACCUGCACACACACACCCACACACACACACACACACACACACACACACACACACAUAGUCUGGACUGUAAAGACUGAGCCUGUGCUGCCUUUCCAUCAUGCUCUGACUGCUAACAGAGGUUGCAAGAGGCUUUUUGUUCCAUCUCUGGACUCCAGUGUUUGUUGACCCUCACUCCGCUCAUACACUCACACUGUCAGAGUCAUUAUGAAGGAGAUUUUUUUCAGAUUGAUUGUUUCAGUCAUCACCUCAAAAACCACUAAAGUGAAGUAGCUUCUCUGUCUGACCUUUUUUGUGAUUGAGUCAUUUUAUAAAGAAUCCAGUGCCUGUAAAAUUUGAUGUUUUUGAAUCCAAACAGUUUCUGGUAAUUAUUUGCUGCUCUGAUUUUUCUCUCUGGUUUUAGACAUUUGCACUAAAGACAGGAUAGCAUUUUUUAUACCACUCCAACCUAUUUGGGUUAAAUCUCCAACAGCAACUCUCAUUUAUAGUCGAUCAUAAAAUAGAAUGUACGUCUCAUAAAGGAGAUGGAGCACAUUUUGUUGAAGGUUUGAUGAUAUAGAAUAUUUUUAUGAAAUGAUACAUAUCUCUGUGUUUAGAAUAGUAGCUUAAGAUACAUUUUUGAGAUAAUAAAAAAAAAGAAGUGUAGUUUAGAAAAUGAUUCCUUCCAUCCUUCAGGGUUUUUCUUCAGAAUGCCUUUUCUGUCUCGACACUCGAGACUCAAGCAGUAAAAAUGGUGGGAACUGUUUUCUUUGUUGUGAAACAGCGGAGGAGGAGUAGAGGCGCCGUUUACAUUCAGAGACAAAAGGAUCACUGUUAAUCGACACUAAGGAAAUACUGCGGUGUGUUUGGCACUGUCCAUCACACUGCUAUCCAUUACCGUCAUGUCUCUGUAGGAGCGUUAUUCAGGGACAGAGAAAGCAUGCAACUUUUUUUUUUUUUCUUCUUUCAUUGGAAAUGAUAUAAUUCUAUAAAAAUGUCCAGAAAACUCCAAACAGCUCCCAGUUCAGCUGGGUUGUGAUGCGUCGUUGUAUCUUUUUUAGUUCUCUUCAUCUGCCUCCUCAUAAAGGUAUUUUGCUACCAGGUGUAUCAUGGGUAGGCCUGCAUGGCUUUUUUUAAAUUGAAAUGAUAAUACUGUCUUCAUUGUCGUGCUAGCUAAUAGCCUUAAAAUGUCAGAAAAAGCUGAAUGGAUAUUCUGUAUGUUAAACGUGUUGCUCUUUGUCGUAUGAAGAAUAUUAACAGUUUCAGAAUGAAUUCAUUUGACAGA